AUGAUCAAGUACUUUUGUUGUGAUUGCCAAUCAAUCAUUGAUGGAAAUGAUGAUGAUGAAUGGACAAGACACUUGGGCCAUUUAUUCAAGGCAAUGCAUUUGUUUGUUGAUGCAGCUCAUGGAGGACAUGGCCAUCACAAACCAGAACGUCUGGCAAUGGAAUCAAAAUCAUUGGAUGGAUUGGUACAAUACAUCAAGUCUGGAUCAUGCAAGAAUGUGGUGGUGUUGACUGGCGCAGGAAUUAGUGUAUCCGCAGGCAUACCAGACUUUCGCACUCCAGGCAUUGGGCUCUAUGACAGCGUGGCGCACUUCAACCUGCCUUUCAAAGAGGCGGUAUUUGACAUUGACUACUUCAAAGUGCAUCCAGAGCCCUUCUUCUCGGUUUGUCGUGAGAUGCUCAAACCUGGCCGAUACCAGCCGACCAAUGUACAUCGUCUGAUCAAACAUCUAGCCGACAUGGGCGUGCUCCUUCGCAACUACACACAGAACAUCGAUGUGUUGGAGCGGGCUGCAGGCAUCCCCGACCACUCACUGAUCGAGGCCCACGGCUCACUGGCCCGAGCGCACUGCAUGGUGUGCGAUCACGAGUACUCUGCCGCACAGGUCAGCGACAUGCUCAUUGAUUGGAACGAUGAGCUGCGUGGACCUGUCCCAAGGUGUCAACAACAGUCGUGCAAGCAAGGCGUGAUCAAACCUGACGUUGUAUUCUUUGGCGAUUCAUUACCUACAAUAUUUAGUCAACGACUUGUUGAGGAUGUUGUCAAAUGUGAUCUGAUGAUCAUCAUUGGUACAUCAUUGACGGUACAGCCCGUUGCAACAAUGGUCAAGAUCUUCCGUUCCAAACCAAGAGUACUGAUCAAUCUCAAACAUGAUCAAAGUCAUUCAGAUGCUGGACUCGCCUGUAACAAUCCACAAGUCGACGACAUUGCACUUGAAGGUGAUUGUCAACAGAUUGCACAACAACUAAUCAAUGCAUUAUCUAUU